UUCUAAAAGGAACAAAAUUGAUCGUGAGGAAAAAAGAAAAAGGAAUAAACUUUAUAUUCCGACAAUGCAACUUUCCACAUUGAAGGGGUUGUUAAUAUAGAUAGAUCUGCGAAUCCGAUCAUCAUCGAAUCGGGAUUAGGGUUUUCACUUCUUUUGCGUUUUCGUACCCUUUUUCCCCAGAACCAUACGUAUGUAUGUAUGUGUUGUUCUUCCAUUGAUUGAGCGAGCUUGUUGCAUUUUUGGGAAUCAUUCAAUUGCUCUUGAUUGAUCUGGUAGAUGUUGGUGGGCGCAUGGUAGGCAAAUUUCACACCUUUAUAUAUUCGUCAAGGAACGAAUGAGUUUUGUAACUUUGGUGGUGAGUUGACUUUUGAUUAUUCCCCGCUUGAUUGGUUUUUUGUUUUCUGGGUUAUUGAUUUUGAGCUACCUUGCUUCUGAAGCCGAUAUGAUUUUUGGAAUCUUGUGAAUUUUUGAGGGAGAGAGAUUAUUGAUGGAUUUGGAGAGUGAAAGCUCUGCGCUUGAGUCUGUUGACGAUAAUGUUUUGAUUCAACAAAGUGCCAGCAACAACAACGUUGCUGAUGAUGAUGAUGAUGAUGAUGAUGAUGAUGAUGGUAGGAGUUUGGACAACGGGUCUUUCUCAGAUGAGAGUGUGAAACUUGUUUCCACGUCUUCUACUUGUGUUGAAAUCGGUACUGAUAAUAAUAAUAAACCCAUGGAUGAUUUUGAUUCACCUGGUGCUGGUGCUGUUGGUGGUUCUUCUUCUCCUGUUUCCAAGGGACGAGGGUUGAGAAAAUGGAGACGGAUCAGGAGAGAUCUUGUUGUUGUUAAGGACACGUCUGCCAAUACGGAGAAGAAUAGUAGCAAAGUUUUGAAAAAAAGGGUGUCAGGUGCUGCUCAUUCACAUGGUAAACAGAUAAUGUUUCAGUCAUCCCAAGUCGAACAAGAGAGUCAAGGAUCUGUUGGGUCUGUGAAUAUGUUGAAAAGUACCGGUGAUGGUUUUGAUUUACUUGGGAGUACUGGUUAUGACUCUAGGUUUGUGGCAGGGACUGGUUUUUCAGCUGGUAUUGAUUUAGAAAAGGAUGAUGAUCGUAGUAGCAGCAAGUCCUCGACGGCUGCAAGAGCUCCCAAGUUUAUUAGGUAUGAGAAGCCAAUGAUUAGUUCAGGUCAGAGAGGAAACAGUCGUGUAGAGAAUAGUAAGAAACAUAGAGGAGAUAAGGGGCUCGAUAUUGACAAGGAUAACUCUUAUUCCAGCUUGGAAUCUGAUUCAAGAAAGCAGAGUGGAAGAAUGAUGGAUUUCAACAGUGGAGAAAAUGGCGAUGAAGCCGAUAUGAACGGAGAAACUUCAAUGAGAAAAGAUGAUGCCGGAGGAGAAGGAGAAGAGUCGGUAAACACGAACAAUCGUUAUUCAGAAGAACUUGAUCCACUAACAGAGGCCAUCGACGGUUUCUUGGCCUUGCGAGAUGCUCUUGAGAAAGAGGUUCAGCAAUUUCAGGAGAUCGGGAAGGAACCAAUGCCACAGCAUCAUGAACAAGCCAGCGAAGUAAGUUCACCUCACUCGGAGAUUGUAACCCUGGUUAACAAUGUUGAGCAACUGGAGAUCAAGCUAGAAGAAACAAGGUCCAUGCUCGAGGUGAAAGAAUCACACAUCCGUGAGCUUGAAUCCACCGCGAACCAUAACAAACACUCGUUGGGAGGAACAGAGACCAUGGUUGAAGAUACCUUCCGGCAGAAGAUUGAGGCCGAGAUUGAAUAUCUGAUAUAUUCAAGAUCUAUUGAUAACUUGAACAGUCAGAUGAAGUUGAUUGAUGAACAAGAGUCAUUGGCAAAAGAGGAAACGCAUGAGACGCUGAACAAGCUAGGAAAAGUACAAAUGAAGGCUGCAAAUUUAACAAACAGAGCUCAAGACCUGCAAAACGAGUGCAUAGAAAUCACCGGAACCAUCAAGAAGACAGCAUGUAAGACCACUUCAUGCUUUCUUAUACAGUUAGUAUUGAUGCUAACAGUAGUUUUGUCGCUCCUGUCUCAAUUGUUGCCGAAGCCAGAUAUUCCUGUACCCACAUGACAUUUGAUUUUUGAUGCAAACUGAGUUUUUCUUGGCUUUUGGCUUUUCUUGUUAACAUUUCGGCUAUAAGUUUUGCCUCUGGUAAUAAAAUUGAUCAAGAUAA